AUGGGGGUUCUGAGGUUAGUAUCGGCACUGAUGCUAGUGUGGCUGUCUGCAUCCCUAGAGACCCCUUCAGCGGUGGUUUUAGCUUUGCCUCCUCAGAACGGACAUGACUCAACGGACUCAGAAAGUGUUCUAGAUUAUGAAGAGGAAACGCAAAUACUGGAACCACUGAAUGCAAGGGGUACCAUGUCGAAGAGUGACCGUGUGCCCCAACAGCUCUCCGGCAUCGAAGAAGUGACCAAGAUGUACACAGUCAACGGGGACCUGCGGCACACCGAUAACAAGGUGAUUGCACCAAACCUAUUAGAACAUGCGGAUCGAGCAAUGCUGUAUGUCACUCGAGUGUACAACCGUAUGGAAAAAUACAACCACAUGUUCGCUGGCAAACACGAAGAGUUGGAUAUGACGUUGGACCGUUACGCACGAAUGCUCACACUUAUGUUGGAAGACAAAAAGAAACUCAAGCAUCUUUCCUUUGUCCGCAGGUACCUGUCGCAUGUGAAUCAUGUUAAGGCAGGCGUAUCGGCCUCGGAAGAGGCGAGAACAAAUCUUAUGCGUGAAGCCGGCACCAUUUAUCAACGUGUACAAGAGAGUUUCGCAACAAUAAAGUUGGAUUUUGAGAGGUACUAUUCACUUCCAGGUGUUGUGAUAAAUGGCGCCGUGUCUUCAUUGAUUGGCAUUGGUGAGGCGUACAAGAUGCUGGUAAAGCUCAACGAUCAGAUGUUUUCAGCUACGGACGCAUUUCGUACGAGCUUAAACCGCAUGCGCGCUUCUUCCAUAUACAUGUUUGCUUAUUUACUAUGUCUGGAUAUUCUCUAUACGGAAAUACUUCCACUGCGAAUGCUAGCGGUGCAGGACGUCAUAGUCACAAAGGGGACUGCAGAGACCUUGAUCAGCUACCAUACCAAUAUUGCUAACAAACGUGAAGCUAUCAAGGCCCUGUUGAAAAACGGCGCCUUAGAUGAUAAGGCAUAUGAUGAAAUCGAAGAUAUAUAUCGUAAGGUGUCAGAGCUGUAUGAGCGAUCCAAGGCAAUACACAAGCGUACCAUUCGUCUACUAGACGGCAUCGAGAAAAAAGGCACACGAACUUUGGAAAAUGGAAUAUCGCGAGUUGUUAACGCAUGGGAGACCCAUUAUAAACGUCCGGUUUUGAUGUGCACGAAGCUGACGGAAGAGCAUAAUGAGUUGAACAAAAUUGCCAACAAUAUUAAAGAAGAGCGGAAUUUUGUCCAUACCAACAAACAAUCAUUGUAUACAAUGUCUACACUAUGCAACGAGCUGUACAGUCGUGCUCGUGAACUGGCGCAUUUAGGUAAAGAUGGCGUCCGACCUGUUGGACAUAAUGGAUAUGAGCGUUUGUACCCCUCUCUCCAAACGUACAGACCACGCACUGUUGUGGACAAUAGCGAAUUUACAUAUGCACCACCUGUACAGCCGCCGAGCAUGAUUCUGCCUAAAAUAUCGUCUUCUGAAAAUCUAAUGCCGGACAUACUUACGCAGGGAAUGAAAAAAACUGAUAAACCUGGAUUCAGCCACGCGAGAAACCAUGUGCCUCCAAGUAAUGGUAGCUCAAACGGCGAAGUGUCUCAUGCGUACCAAAGCUUAAAAAGAAAGCGACCCUUGGGUAGUGACCAAUAUGAGGAGCCUAAAAAAUUACGCAGCGAUGAUCCUACACGCCCCGGAUAUUACAUACGUCCCAGUGGUAUAGACGAUGGCAGUGAUAUUUCCCAGCCAACAUAUGACUAUUCUGCCCCCUACCGAGGCCCACAUCCGCCAGAAACGUCAUACGAAUCAUCACAAACGCCACAAUCUUCAACGCAUUCUACGGCUACUGAAACCGAUGUAAAUGAUGCAGAUGCAUAUACAGCGUCCCGCGGAAGUAGUAUCAACGAACAGGGGUCUCCACUGGGUGUAAGUGAAAGGACAAUGCAUGAUGUCUCAACCUCGACCAAGCAUCACGUCCAUUUGCCUCACCCAAUGAAACGUGACGGAGCCACAUAUGACAACGACAUCGGAUUUGAUCUUUCCAGUGUUCUGGAGAAACUCAGAGAAGCUGAAAACAAGGUGACAGCCUACCGCAACGUGAUCCUGUCAUUGCGACGGAAACCCCCUUCGGUCCCUGGUGCACACGAAGCGAGACUAAUCAGCAUGGAACUAUACAAAUUGCACAUUUUGCACCGCAGUUUCGUAGACGAUGCCACUGAACAAUGA